AAGUGACAAGUCAACUUUUUGUUGAUGCGGAAGACAGACAAACUUUGAGGAUGUUUUGCGAGUGAAGUUGUUGUAUAAUGAAACAUAAGUAGCAGCUAACAGCAAAAAAAAAAGGAGUUAGCAGAUUUACAGUUUUAUCUGAAGCGACAGACUUAAGUUUGACCGACAUAUCAAAACCUAAUGGCUGGCGGUAAUUUACAGAAAGCUAUAGAUCUCGCCACUAAAGCUGCAGAGGAGGACAAAGCCAAAAACUACGAAGAGGCCCUCAGAUAUUAUCAGCAUGCAGUGCAAUACUUCCUUCAUGUUGUCAAGUAUGAGGCCCAGGGUGAUCGAGCGGCGCAGAGCAUCAGGGCCAAGUGUGCAGACUACCUGGACAGAGCCGAGCAGCUGAAGGAGUAUCUGAGGAAGAAAGAGAAGAGUCCCCCGGCCAAACCUGUCAAAGAGUCCCAGUCUGAUGACAAAGGGAAUGAAAGUGGUGAAGGGGACGACGCAGAGAAAAAGAAGUUUGAAAAUCAACUCUCAGGUGCCAUUGUCAUGGAAAAACCAAACAUUAAGUGGAACGAUGUAGCUGGACUUGAGGGGGCCAAAGAAGCCUUAAAAGAAGCUGUGAUUCUGCCCAUCAAAUUCCCUCAUCUGUUCACAGGAAAGCGAACUCCUUGGCGGGGGAUCCUUCUGUUUGGCCCUCCAGGAACAGGGAAAUCCUACCUGGCCAAGGCGGUAGCCACAGAAGCCAACAACUCCACCUUCUUCUCCAUCUCCUCCUCCGACCUCGUAUCCAAGUGGUUGGGGGAAAGUGAGAAGUUGGUGAAGAGCCUGUUCACUUUAGCCCGAGAACACAAGCCAUCCAUCAUUUUCAUCGAUGAGAUCGACUCCCUCUGUGGCUCCAGGAGCGAGAACGAGAGUGAAGCAGCGCGCAGAAUCAAGACAGAGUUCCUUGUCCAGAUGCAGGGUGUUGGAAAUGAUAAUGAGGGAAUCCUGGUCCUGGGAGCCACAAAUAUACCGUGGACACUGGACUCAGCAAUCAGGAGAAGGUUUGAAAAGCGAAUCUACAUUCCUUUGCCCGAGGAGCACGCCCGCUCCUUCAUGUUCAAACUGCAUCUGGGCUCCACCCCCAACGAACUGACAGAGGCAGACUUCAUCACUCUGGGCAAGAAGACAGAGGGCUAUUCUGGGGCGGACAUCAGUGUUAUCGUUAGGGACGCCCUCAUGCAGCCUGUGAGGAAGGUUCAGUCAGCCACUCACUUCAAAAAGGUUCGCGGGUCAUCAUGGAAGAACCCUGGCAUCGAGGUGGAAGACCUCCUGACUCCGUGUUCGCCGGGUGAUCCCGACGCCAUAGAGAUGACGUGGAUGGACGUUCCUGGGGAGAAACUUCUAGAGUCAGUCGUGUGCAUGGCUGACAUGCUGAGGUCAUUGACCAACACCAAGCCGACAGUGAAUGAGCAGGACUUGGAGAAGCUGAAGAAGUUUACUCAAGAUUUUGGUCAAGAAGGAUAAUAAUACCCACACUACCCAUUAUAUUUUCACUGUCGGUUAUGCUUUAGAUUACUCGAUUAAUCUUUUGGUCAAUAAAGUGUCAAAAAUGGUGGAAAAUGUUCACCACAGGUUACUGGAGCCCAAAGUUCUUAGUUUCUUUGUCUGAUCACAAAAGUAAUUAUUACUUAAAGUGAAGCAACAGAAAAGCAAGCUAAUAUUAAGGUUUUGGUUUAAGAUUUAGUUGCUGUAACAGCUAAUGUUUGCUGUUCUUACUGGAGAAUUGACUAAAAUGAUUAAUCGGUGAUCAAAAUCUUAAUUGACUUUUUGUUGAUCGACUACUCUAUUAACUGUUUCAGCACUAUCGCUAAUAUAUCAAUGGAUCAUGUUUAGAUGUGUUUCAUCUACACAUUUGUAAGGUUGCAUGUCUUUUCCUCAUUGAUUUUCAACGCAACAUACCUCUUCACAGUCUAAGGGGGUUUAUACUGUGCUUAACAGAAUCGGUUUCAGGGUUGGCUAUUAUAAAUGGGAAUUUAUACUAUAAAAUGUAUGAAUGAUCUCUCUCUUUUCAACAUGUAGACAACCUUUUACGGGUUAUUUUUAUUUCACUGCAUAUAAAGUUGUAAUUGUAAUAUUGAGUUACUGAAUUGAUUAUUGAAUUUUACAGGAAAUAUUAAAUAUUGUACAAUAAUGAUCGUAAAAGCAUUUCUGAAUUCUGAUCAACUUUGGCCAGAGAGCUACAACAUCUAUGCACACAUUUUCUACACUUCUACAGUUUUUCUGUGUUGCCACUGGGUUUGAAAUAUGUCUUUAUUUAAGAGUUUUCUUUCUGGGUUUACAGAGGUGACUUAUAAAUAAAACUUGUUAAGGUG